AUUAAGGGAUUUUUGAAUGGCAUAAACCAGUUUAUCCCCACCAUCCUCUCUUUUUCAGUGUAAAAUUAAAAAGAAUACAAAAUAUUAUUGAAUUAUUUGUAUAACACGAAGUCACAAUUUUGAAAAAAAAUAAAAAUACACCUAUGAGAGGAAUGCAAAAGCCAAACAAGGUUAAAUUACAAAGUACAAAACAAAUUAAAUCUGGCCCGUCCACAUGACACACAUUAUAUAUAUAUAUAUAUAUAUAUAUAUAUAUAUAUAUAUAUAUAUAUAUAUAUAUAUAUAUAUAUAUAUAUAUAUAUAUAUAUAUAUAUAUAUAUAUCGAAAUACGCACAGAUCUACGCUCAGUAUGCCUACACGUGUACCGCACCGCGCCCACGUGGCACUAGAUCAGAGCUGUCGCGAGGAGAACUCCAGCUAGGGCGGCGGCGCCGCUCAUGGCCAUCCUGGAAGCACCGUUCGGGGGCGGGGUGCCGUCCGCAGCGGGCUGCUCCGCCGGGGAGUUUCGGGCAGGGACAGCAGCCGGCGCCGGGCUCGACGGUAUGGUUGGAGAGGGAGACGAGGGUGCAGGCGCUGGAGAUGCAGGGGAUGGGGUCGGUGCCGGAGACGGCGGAAUAGGGGGCGACGGCGCCGCCGUGGUGGGUGCCGGCGCAGGAACUGCGGUGGGAGAAAUUUUGGGUGAGGGAACAGGGGGUUGUGCUAAGCACGAGGCGGCGAAGAGAGCAAAGAGAAGAAAUGGUUUGAAACUCAUAUUGAAAAGGCUCUUUCUUUUUGGGAGAAAAGGGAGCAGCUGGAUGGGGAAGCUAGAGAAUAUGAAAGAUAACUGUGUGAGGAAAUAUAUAUAAAGAAAAGAAAAUGAGAUAAAGACUUCUUUGCUUU